UCACCACCUCCGAGUAUAAAAGACCGAGCAGCCAGACCAACAGCAUCAUUCAACCAACAGUUUUCCAUCUGAGCAGAUCAUCAGCAUCCACUCUCCAAAAUGUUCGCCGAGACCGCUCUUGUUUCCAACUUCAACGGAGUGCCGGAGAAGAAACCUCUCACCGGCGCCUCCACCAACAUGAAGAAGCUGCUGAAGACCAUCAAGAAGAUCUUCAAGAACUCCAAGCCCGCAAAGGAGAUCCCGGUCUCCAACAUUCUCCACUCCUGUCACAACGAGGAGGAGCACCAGAACUGGCUCAACGAGCAACUCGAGGCCAAGGCCAUCAGCCUUCUCCAUUGAGUUCAUCUGGGAAAUUCCCCUCCACCGAGAAUCUGUGAUGUGACCCGAUCAAAAGGUCUAUAAAUCGGCACGUCGGCUUUAAACUCCAACUGUGAUGAUGAGAACACGAGACUGACUAACUUGUGUGCCUCGGAAGCAAGAAAACUUCUUCGCUUCCGCCAACUGUAUAUAUCAACGUCUUCAAUAAUGCUUUAACUUAGCUGUAAUCAUUGUCUUCCACUAGUUUUAAGCAAAUCAUUGUCUUCCAUGUUUGUUUAGGGUCAAAAUUAGCUUAAGAAUAAAAAUCCCUCGAGGAAAAAGAAA